UGAAUCCUCACUCCUCCGCUGCACCACUCAUAUCCACAUUCGCAACCACCACACCACCAUCACUCCCGAUACUCUCCCCUCCACACCGACACCGACACAAUGCCCCUCACAAACACCAUCUACAACGCCGUCUUCCGACGCAACCACAUCUUCGUGGGCGCAGUGUUCACCGGCGCAUUCGCAUUCGAGAUGCUCUUUGACACCACCAGCGACAAGAUCUGGGACCGCAUCAACCGUGGCCGGCAGUGGAAGGACAUCCGCCACCGGUACGUCGAGGAGGAGUAGACGUUGGUCUCUGCCAACGACGAAUUGUACUCGAUUUGAGGUUUAGCGGGUGCGUGGGGACACGGCGGGACUGCGGUGGACGAAGGAUCGCAAAAAUAGAGUUGUUAUACAUAUUACCCAACACCCGACAUCUACUCUGCGUCUACACG